AUGUUGGUAUUUUUGGUCUUACAUUGCAAUGCACUAAUAGGAAAACAACCUGAUCGAUCUGCGAACAAACAUGGUUGUGGUCGUCAUGGGGAUAUUUGUACUACCACUUCUGAUUGUUGCGGUCAUGAUGAUCCCGUAAGUGGUCACUGUGUUCUUUGUACUGGUAUUAUGGCUGGUCUCACUGGUAAAGGUCGUCGCAAAUGUAGUUGCAGUUCUUAUUCUGUUGCUGUUGAUCCUGUUACUCAUCGUAUUGCGACUGAUAUUUGUGAUGGUCGUGAUCGAUCUGGUACCCGUGUUUGUCGCACACGUGUUGCUCCCCCUGGUCACUCGUAUUAUCGUGGUGAUGAGUACUACAAAAGUCAUGGGAAAAAAGGCUAG